AUGUGGGAAGCAAUUCAGUCAAGAAAUCUCGGUGCGGAACGUGUGAAAGAAGCAAGACUUCAAACCUUAAUAACCGAAUUCGAUGGUUUGAAGAUGAGGGAUAUCGGAACGAUUGAUGAGUACGCCUCAAAGUUGUCGUCUAUUGCUUCUAAGGCGGCCACACUAGGAGAAAAGUUUGAAGAACAAAAAAUGGUCAAUAAAUUAUUCACUAGUUUGCCAAGGCGGUUUAUACAUAUUGUAGCCUUGCUUGAACAAGUUUUUGACUUGAAAACGGUCGGGUAUGAAGAUGUGGUUGGUAGACUAAAAGCUUAUGAAGAGAGGAUCAAAGAAGAAGAUAACGCACACGACAAUUCGGGUAAGUUAAUGUUUUCUAAAUCUGAAUCUUCUUCUAGCCGUGGACGUGAUUCUAGUAGGGGUCGAGGAUCUCACUCAUCGCGAGGGCGUGGCCGUGGUUGGGAUAACACCCAAAACCGUGGUCAAAAAGAAGAAUAUAAGACCCGAGACAACGGAAAGAAAAAGGAUAAAAAGCGUGAUUUAUCGGGAAUAAAGUGUUACCGGUGUGACAAAUAUGGACACUUUGUUUCAAGAUGUCCAGAUCGAUUCAAAAAUAAUGAGGCGAACAUGGCACAAGCUGAGGAACGAAAUAAUGAGGUUGAUGGAACAUUUUUUAUGAUGAAGACCGAUCAAGAAACUAUCUUUUUAAACGAAGAAAAGGUUUUGCCAAAGAAAUUUGAAGUCGAUUCUAGCGAAAAAGAUGUUUGGUACCUUGAUAACGGAGCCAGCAACCACAUGACGGGUAACCGGAGUUAUUUUGCAGAGCUAAACGAGCGAAUAACUGGAAGCGUGAAAUUUGGUGACGGUUCGCGUGUGACGAUUAAAGGAAAAGGGUCGAUUUUAUUUGAAGGUAAAACCGGUGAACAAAAGCUUUUAACCGAUAUUUAUUAUAUCACGGAUUUGCAGAGUAACGUGAUGAGUUUGGGUCAAGCAACCGAAUUUGGAUGCGAAAUUCGAAUGAAAGAUAAUUUUCUAACGAUGUUUGAUAGUGGUGGAAAAUUAUUGAUGCGAGUGGCUCGUUCGAAAAAUCGUUUGUACAAGGUGAAAUUGAAAUUGGGCAGUCCCGUUUGUCUUAUGGCGAAAAUCAGUGAAGAAUCGUGGUUAUGGCAUGCGAGACUCAGGCAUGCUAGUUUCAAGACCUUGGAGAAAAUCAACGAGAUGGUUUUAGGAGUUCCAAAGAUUCGUCAUGAGAAUAAGGUGUGCGAAGCGUGUAUGGUUGGAAAACAAACGCGAAAACGUUCCCAAAGAAGGCGACUUUUCGAGCAUCACGAACACUUGAAUUAG